AUGGGCGUGUGGGGCGUAAUAUCGGCAUCGCAGACCGUAGUUCGCGAUUUUGCGGGCCUGGCCACUGCCCGAUUCUUCAUCGGGUUCGUGGAAGCCGUGUUCUUCCCUGGGGGUUUGUUCUACCUCUCCCUCUUCUACAACCGCAAGCAGUACGCUUUCCGCGCCGCUCUCUUCUACUCUGGUUCCCAACUAGGCAACGCCUUCGGUGGGCUUCUUGCCAUCGGGAAUUUGGAGCUAGAUGGAAAGCACGGGCUGGAGGGAUGGAGAUGGCUUUUUCUCGUCGAAGGCGUCAUGACUAUUGGACUGGCAAUCGUGUUCGCUCUGGUUUUGCCGAAUUCCCCUAGGGAGCUCAAAAGCUUGACGAAAGUUGAGAAAGCAUGGGUUAUUUGGAACCAGCAACAAGAUCAGGGACAGAGCGACGAUCGGUCUGAGAUUACAGCGAAGAAAGGAUUAUCUCUAGCGAUAAAGGAUUCGAAGACAUGGCUCCUCCUGACAAUCCUCUAUGCCAUUUAUACCUCCGAGCAAAAGUGGUUUCCCCGUGUAUUCCGACACAUUGGGCACCCUGGAAUGGAGGAAGAAGUCCUUGUCCAAGUGUUUCGGAAGAGAUGGCUGCUAGCGUAA